AUGUAGAAAGUAACAGUAAAAUAAAAAUACUUAAAUACAUAUUGUAUUAUUCCUCUAGUAUAUCUUACUGAGUUUUUAACUAUUGAUAGUAUCGAGCUAUAUGAGAAAAAUAGUGUCAAAAACAAAAGAAAAUUGAAUACAGCUAAUAUUUAAGCACAGCUUAGUCCAUCACUAUUAUCUAAUACACCUAAGCAAAAGAAAAAAAUAAACUCUAAAAAUAAUUAAGGAGUAAGCCUUGAUGGAAUUUUAAGAAUCAAAGAACCUUCCACAUUUUCAAAGAAUUAAUCAACUACAAAUAUGUAAAUGAAACCUACUUAAAAAAUAUCACAUAUCCAAAAAAUAAAUCUGUCUCUACUUCCAAUCAUAAAAAUCAGAGUUACAAGCUUAUCAAUUAUAAAUAUUGAGAAAAAUGUGAUGAAAUAAGCUAAUUCAUUCCUUUCUAUAUAUAGUAGUAUUGUAACUACAAUACUAUAUAUGUUUGUCAAGUAGUAAAAAAAGGAAAUCCAAAAUAAUAGCGGUUCAUUAUACAUUUUGAAUCUUUUUUAAUAUGUUUUAGAAUCUGUAUUUUAGUUGUAUUGUAAUUGA